CGAACCCUGGCAUUUGCUUCACGGUGUUUGGCUGGGUGUCUGUUGUAUUGUAGAGGUUGUGGUUUUGGUUCGGGGUUGUCAUGAAACUGGCUGUGGCCCUGACUAGCUGAUCGUAAAGACUUCUAUAAACCUGGAUUGUUGGGUGGUAGUCAGCGAGUUGAAGUACGGGUGGGUAGCAGCUGGUGUCUUAAAUAGGACAGGCUCCCUGCUGUCGCCAUGAUCCUGCUCAGCACUCUGAGAGGUGCAGCUGCACCAACCAGGGCAGCCCUGGCUAGAGGCAGUCUUCAGCAUACACGCCAGAUGAGCGAUCACCGCACGAUGAACAUCACGGCGUCGCGCUUCCAAUGGAACAAGUUCAAGGACAUGCUGCACCUGUACGUGGUCGGCACGGCCGUGCCGCUGCUGGGCGGCAUCUUCCUGUUGAACGUGUUCGUGGGGCCGGCCACGCUGUCCGAGCUGCCGGAGGACAGGACCCCCGAGGAGUACGAAUACCACAAGUCGCCCAUUACGCGCUUCCUGGUGCGCUACUUCUGCGCCGGCAGGCAGAUGGAGUAUGAGAAGGGUAUGCAGUACCUCUGGGAAGUGGAGCACAAGCGGCAGCUCAGGAAAAUCGAGGCGCGCGUGCGCGAGCUGAUGUCGGAGCGGGGCGACUACAAGGCCUGGUACUUCGCGCCGGACGCCACCAGGAAGUACCAGCGCAUCGUGCGCAAGGAGACCGAGGAGCUGUACGAGAGGCGACCCGCCUAGACCACGAGCGGUGCUGUACAGACAGCCGCGCGGGCUGUAGCCGAGGUGGUGCGUGUUUUGAUGCAAUAUAUGAGGGAUGCGGUGAGCGGUGC